UUCUGCAGCAAAAUGGCGUCGUUGACAGCAGACGUGCGGACGAACCGGUCCAGUUCUUUAUCAUUGUCCAAAAGACGAACCGGACCGAUGACACAAAGGAGAUUCAGACUAUUGGACAACAAUGUCCUUUUGCUCCUUUCGUUUGCGUCGAUGUUGCACUGUGCUUUGGCUGACGGUAAAACGUUAGUUCUGCUGGACAACCUCAACAUCAGAGACACCCAUUCAAUCUUCUUCCGCAGUUUGGCAGAUCGUGGCUUUGACAUCACAUUCAAGACAGCAGAUGAUCCCUCCCUGUCUCUGAUCAAAUACGGCCAGUUCCUGUAUGACCAUUUAAUCAUCUUUUCACCAUCAGUUGAGGACUUUGGAGGAAACAUCAAUGUGGAGACGAUCACAUCCUUCAUCGAUGGUGGAGGCAACGUCCUGGUUGCUGCCAGUUCAGAUAUUGGUGACCCUCUGAGGGAGCUGGGCAGUGAGUGCGGGAUUGAGUUUGAUGAAGAAAAGACUGCUGUCAUUGACCAUCACAACUAUGACGUGUCUGACCCUGGAGAGCACACCCUGAUUGUUGCUGAUCCAGAGAACCUGCUGAAAGCUCCGACUAUUGUCGGCAAACCCACCAGUAAACCUGUUUUAUUCAAGGGUGUUGGCAUGGUGGCAGACCCAGACAACCCUCUUGUCUUGGACAUCCUUACUGGCUCUUCUACCUCCUACUCCUUUUUCCCUGACAGACCCAUCUCUCAGUACCCCCAUGCUGUUGGCAAGAACACCCUGCUGAUCGCCGGCCUUCAGGCCAGAAACAAUGCCAGAGUGGUUUUCAGUGGCUCCCUGGACUUCUUCAGCGACGCCUACUUCAACUCUGCUGUGCAGAAGGCCACGCCUGGCUCCCAGAGGCACCAGCAGACGGGGAACAUGGAGCUGGCUGAGGCUCUGUCUCGCUGGGUGUUCAAGGAGGCUGGAGUCCUCAGGGUGGGAGCUGUUACCCAUCAUCCUGUUGGAGAGACCACUCCCCCUGCAGCGUACACCAUCACCGACCUUGUGGAGUACAGCAUUGUCAUUGAGAUGUUGUCAGAGGGCCACUGGGUGCCCUUUGACGGAGAUGAUAUUCAGCUGGAGUUUGUGAGGAUCGAUCCCUUCGUCAGGACGUAUCUCAAGAAAAAUGGAGGUAAAUAUAGCGUCCAGUUCAAGCUGCCUGAUGUGUACGGAGUUUUCCAAUUCAAGGUGGACUACAACCGACUGGGAUACACACAUCUCUACUCCUCUACUCAGGUGUCUGUUCGUCCCCUGCAGCACACUCAGUAUGAGCGCUUCAUCCCCUCAGCCUACCCUUACUAUGCCAGUGUCUUCUCCAUGAUGGCAGGACUCUUUGUCUUCAGCAUUGUCUUCCUGCACAUGAAAGAGAAGGAGAAGUCAGACUGAUGCAGAGAAACAACAGGGAAGGGAUUAAAAGAUAAUAGAAUUGAACUUGGUGUGAAGAGUUGAAAUUGAAUGUCUUAAAUCUUCACACAGGGACUUGGACUGCAGUCUUCUGUAAAAAAUACAGUAUCUCUUCGGUUAUUGGGACACUCAACUACAACUAACAGGGGUCUGGAAGCCAAAAAGGGGUGCUGACUGUAAUGCAGUGGUUGGAUUUUUUUUUUUUUUCCCCACUUCUUUUUCUCAAAGUCCUGUAAAUGUUCUGAAGUCAGUCUGCGUUUGUACAAAGUUGCUUUGCAUUUGAUACAAGUAUUUCCAAAGUAGAGCACUUACCUUGGAACAUGAAAAAAAUCCAUAUUAAAAUUUGACCCAUGUUUUCUCAGUCUGGAAAGGUUAUUGUGGUGACUAAAUGCACUGAAUAUGCCAACUGUUCAUUUGUAUUUGAUAAGACUGUCAUGUGUUUCCAAAAAAGUUGGAAUCAUCUGAAUAAAAUAUUGACAUUC